AUGCAGUCAAUCCUAGCGGCCAUUCUUGGCCUGUUGGUCGCUGCGAUAUAUGCCGACGACAACGGCUCCAUCUCCACCUCGGCUCAGUCCGACAGUCCCCCAGACUGGGCCAACAACAAUGCGCUGCAAUUGAAUCUGUCGUCCGACCCCAUCCAAUAUACCGUUGUUCCUGUUUUACCAAACGCUGGUACCAACGGGUCAAAUAGUAGCGGCAUCCAAACAAAGACAAUAAACAUCAACGGCGUCAUGAUUGCCACCGACGUAUCCAACUUUAACAAGAUCACAAGUCCCAACGAUGUAGCAUAUAUCUCAUGCGAUGGCUCAAGCAAUACCUUUAUCAGCACGAAUGAAUUGCUCAACGAUGUCGUCAACGCAAAUCCAAAAGCCAUCGUCCUCUACUCACUAGCUGCCACCUGGUGCAGUCUGGAUUUUACAAACCCACCUGCGUUUUCCAACAUUUUCUCCAUGGCUGAUAGCGGCGAGGCACAGGGAGUUUUAAACUCCUUAAACGGAACUGCCAAUGGUCGAGUGGUCAAUGUUUCCAUCACAGGAAACGCAUCGAGCACAGAUUCUAAUAACUCUGGAGGUGGAACCAGCAACUCGACCGUCGCCAUGAGCAUUCUCUACACCAUCACAGCUCUCAUUACUCUGCUGUUUCUGGUGAUUAUCGCCACCGGUGCUGUAAGGGCCCAUCGUUAUCCGGAAAGGUACGGGCCUCGGCGCGCUCUGGGCGGCCGACCCCGCCAGAGCCGAGCAAAGGGGCUGGCUCGUGCGGUACUCGAGACACUCCCUAUUGUCAAGUUCAAUAAUAAUCAGGAACCGAUUAAGCCGGAUCCCGAUCUUGAACUAGACGCAGCUACUACUGAUGGCCGUGAUGCUAGAACUCAGAGGUCGUCUUCGAUUCUUACCCAGGAAGUACCACAGCACGAAGUGGCUACAGCUACGCCAGCCACGGCCGCGGCGGCCGCAAGCGACAUCGCCAGCCCCCCUCCAGUCGUGAACGUGGGUUGUUCCAUCUGUACCGAAGAUUUCACAGAAGGCGAGGAUAUGAGGGUUCUGCCUUGCAACCACACAUUUCAUCCAAACUGUAUCGAUCCUUGGCUUAUUAAUGUAUCUGGAACAUGUCCCUUGUGUCGACUUGAUCUUCGUCCCGAGGCUGAGACUAACGAAGGUGAUAUCGGCAUGGCUACAGCCCUCAAUAGGGGCCCCGGCGACAGAACUUCAACACUGCCACCUCCUUUGGCCCUGGAGGGUGAAGAUGGAGAGGGCGGUCAUCCCCACCACCGUCACAGAAUUUCUCGCUUUUUCGACGUCAACAGGUUGAGGCAAGCUACAGCAGAAGAGCAGAUCGAAGCUCUCCGACAGAUGAGAUCAACUCGCCAAACCGACGCAGAGGCUCACGAAGCGGGCGCCGCCCAUGAUACAGAGCGGGAAAGAGGACAGAGAGCUCAUCUAACAGCUAAACUAAAGGAGAAGUUCCGAAUUCGGACCAGAGCUCGAUCUCCGGAACGCGAACAAGACUAA